AUGAGAGAAUAUUUAGAACUUAAAACUAAAUUUGCUGAUAAUGAGAAGUAUACUGCUAAACUAAUGAAGGAGAAGGGGCAAUGGAGUCAUACCAAAGAGACUAGUACCAAAGAAGUGCAAUUUGAUUACAUGAUCCCUUCAAUGGGGGGACAGUUCAAGUUUCCUCCUAAUACUGUCCUAGUGAGUGCUGUGUAUGCAGUAUCACUCUCAAAGCCUCUCCUCAAACGACUCAAGUUAGAGAUACAGCACUGCGUUGAUUUAAGAGGACGACCAGAUCUUGCACAAUACUUAAAGUUUGCUAUAGCUCCCAUGAGCACAUCUAGUCUUCCUUACCAAUUCUCAAUAGUUGAGGGAGGAGAGUUUAGCUCUAAUAGUGGGUAUGGAUCCAUUCAACGUAACAAGUUCUGUUUGGUUUGUAUACUGGGGGAAGACUCAACUAAUGAAGACACGGAGGAAGGAGGGGAUGAUUAUGGUAGUGACAGUGAUGUUGAUACCAGCAGUACUCCACCAGGGGCUAGUGGAGCAUGUAAAGAGUCUACUACUAAAGAGACUAACCUCCCAACCAAUGCAGUGUCUUUUGCUGAUACUAUUACUACACCAAACACUGAUCAUGUUAACAAAGUACAUUCCACUGGUGUAAAGGAGGCUAUGACAUAUGCUGGUUUGAUCUAUUAUCAAGAGAAAGGUGUGGAAGAUUUAGUAGUGUUUGCUGCAGCCAGAGACUUGAAUGCUCUCAUUGAGUUUAUUAAGAGUGAUUUUCCCGGAGCUGAGAGAGGACAACACGUUUAUUUUUGUUUUGAAGAUAAUGAUGGAUGUAUUGAGCUAAAGUUUGAUACUCCACAAGAGAAGGAUAUUACUGGUUGGACUAUUGACCCUCACAUUAAACCAUGCAGAUUACAUCGUUGUGUUGUUAACAGAUUUGGUGAAGCUAAUUAUCCUCUUCCUCCAUCUUGCUUGAUAUCCAUUCUUGCUUCACCUGAUGCUGUCCCUACACUACAUUACUCCAUACCAUUGGAAGGUGUGGCUGAUCCUGUUUCAUUAUACAUCCACAGAUCACUACAAAGAAACCCUCCUCCCCCUCCUUCAACAGAUCCUACUACCUCCUCCUCCUCUUCUAAUCCAAUUACUGAAGCUACUCCAUCAUCCACUGGAGGAGCUAGUGCACCAGCUACUGAUGAUGUUGAGAGAGUGAAGAAAAUCAUUAAUGAUGUUCUUGUAUCUCACUUUGCUGUUCUUAAUGAUCUUAAAAUGUCUCUCUCAGAUCUUGGUAAUCAAUUGUUUGCCUCUGGUCUUAUUAGUGAUGAAGUCAGGGAGACUCGUAGCAUGGAAAAAUUUAUCGGAGAGUUCAAGGCUAGUUUCAACUUUAUGGAUGAAAUGUCUGAAAUUCAAGAUCACUGUAAGAAGUUUUUGAACUCAUUCAUUGCUGUUCGAGGUGGUUAUGCUAAUGCUGCCAAAUUUUUACGUAAGAAGUGGAUUGGAGCUAUUAAAACUAAGCUAGGCAUUGAUUUUAUUCUUGAUAUUUAGUAGAAAUUCCACUCCCCACAAGUAGCAAUGCAUGUAUGUAUAAUGUGUGUGUGAUGCUGCUAUUUUGUAACAAAAUUUUUAAAAAUAUUGAUUAUAACCAUGAAGCUAUUAAUUAAUAUUGAAUGUAAUUUGUAAACUAUUAUUUAAUGAUUCUAACGAGUCAUUGUUUUUAAUGAA